UGCCCCAUUUGGUCGACAGAAAAUAAGGAAUGCUUGUAUCUGUCCGGGCUCUUCCUUUGCAUCAGUGCAAGAGCAAAAUGCAGGCCACGCUAUUCUGCUCUGGGUCCACUGCCAAGCCCUGCGCCAUGCUAAAUCGACCCCAGGAUCUCCCUAGCAUGAGGCAUGACCUUCCCUUCAUUACAAGACGAAACGCACUUGGAGCUCGUCUGUCAUCGAGAAUCCAAACAGGGAGAAUGCAGCUGUCAGUUCGUGCAGCAAGCGCUGUUGUAGAGGCAAAGCCGAAGACGGACUUGAUAUUGAUUCCCGGUGGUAAGGGAAAGGCAACGCACAUGAAGAAGGGCGACCUGUUGAAGGUCAUCAACACCCAUGGCAAGCAGGUGGUGGACUUUUGGGCUUUCAGCACAUCGGAAUGGGGCAAGGAAAUCAUGUCUAUGCACCACACCCGCAACGCCCUGCAGAAGAUGACACCCCAGGCUGGUGACACUCUGUACACUGCGUCCAUGAAACCCAUCAUGACAAUGCUGGAGGACUCCGGCCCCGGCGUCCACGACACCACAGCCGCCGCCUGCAGCUACGGCCUCUACGUGCUGCAGAUCGGAGAGGAGGCUGCGAAGGAGCACGACAGCUGCACCAACAACCUGUACAACGCGCUGGCCGAGCUGGACCUAGCUCUGGCCGAGGACCCGCGCUACGGCUACUACACUCCGGCGCCCUUCAAUCUGUGGAUGAACGUGACCGACACGCCUGACGAGUCUGGCUACUGCUGGGUCAUGCCCCCUCAGGAUCAGAAGGCCGGCGACUACACCGUCUUCCGCGCCGAACAGGACUGCGUCGCCGCGUUUUCAGCCUGCCCCUGGGACAUCGGUGACAUGAAUGGUCCGGGCGGCGAGCCGCAGGACUGCCACUUCCAAGUGUUCUCCGCCUAGUGCCCAGCUGCGCAGCUGCGAGGGAGGAACCCCCAUGAAAAAGCUCACAGAGGAUCCUCAUAAGAAUGAGUUUUGCUCCAUAAUUGAUGACAUAUUACGGGUCAGGGAUGCUGCAGUACAGGAGAGGGCCAUGAUUGACUUGCAGCCAUUUUGGCAAAACGAUUGACAAAAACUCGCAGUGACAAGCCAGCUGCCAGAUUGAGGUUAGCGUGUUGAUCCUGUGCAAACAUCUAGAGCCACCAUGCGGCAUGUAUCGAAUGUGAAGUUUGUGUCAGAAGAAAGCUUGAAGCUCAGGGUCUUGGUGAGAGCCAGUGCUGGCUAGAGGGUGCGCGAUCAGGCAGGCAGCCGCUGUGCGGCACCGGCAAAUACAUUCUUAAAGUGGCAGCAAUAGUGUUUCGCAGUACAUGUUGAACACUUGUCGUAGGAGCAAAGCGUUUGCAUUUGCUCCCCCCUGUGAUCAAGAUCAGCAUGGAAUUCAAGAGUGCAAUAGUGUAAGGUUGAUAGCUUCAUUGCCGCUCACACGACAACUGGACAAAGAGAAAUGCCGACGUGUAAAUUACGCAGGGUGCAA